UUAAAGUCAACAGUGCACCCUUACUUGCAUCAUAACAAUACCUCAAAACAACAACUUCCAUCACAUAACUACGAUACGCCCCACUUAGCUUCUCGACUAGACCCAGUCUUGCCGUACAGCAUAAUUAACAAUUAUCACAAUGCGUCCAGCUGCUCGCUCAUUGCGCCAACGGGCCAUUACCAAUGAGAAUGAUGAGAAUGCAGCUACUACACGCGUGACACGCGCCAAAAGUGCAGCAUUGAGCUCUACCGAUGCCGCUGAUGUCCCCAAGAAGGCCGCUCUCCAGACUAAGAAGUCUACCGCAACUCUAGGAGCCAACGGUGCAGCCCAGACGCGAAAGCGUGCUGCUCUCGGCGAUGUCAGCAAUGUUACGAAGAACGAGCCCAUCGGCGCGGGUGCGAAGGAUGGAAAGGAUGGCAAGAAGCCCGUGGUCAGCAAAGCUGGACCUUUGACCAAGGCAGCCCAUCCUACCAAGAUCCAAAAGCCAUCUCGUGCCAAUUCGACCCGUUCGGUACUUCCACCCAAGGAGAAGCCUGCCGGACCUGGUGGGAAGCGCCCUGCUUCCGGUUCGGGCAUUGCUGGCCACGCGACGAAGAAGCGAAUCACAUCCAAUGCCAGCACCAAGACGUUGCAAGAGGAGGACCCAGAAGAGGCUGAGAACGUUGCUCCUCAGCGCUCUGUCAAGCGUGAGGUUGAGGUUCCUACUGCGACCGAUGUAAAGGUUGAGACCGAGUCCGAGGUUGAGGUCUUCGCGGAAACCAAGGACCGUGGACCCAUCGUCGAGGACUGGACCGAUCUUGACAAGGAAGAUUAUGACGACCCGCUCAUGGUCUCCGAGUAUGUGGUUGAGAUCUUCGACUACCUUAAGGAACUUGAGAUCGCCACCAUGGCCAACCCCAAUUACAUGGAUGAUCAGAGCGAGCUUGAGUGGAAGAUGCGUGGUAUUCUCGUUGACUGGUUGCUCGAGGUCCACACCCGAUUCCGUUUACUCCCAGAGACCCUCUUCCUUGCUGUCAACAUCAUUGAUCGUUUCCUCUCCACGAAGAUCGUCCAGCUUGAUCGCCUCCAGCUCGUCGGUGUCACCGCCAUGUUCAUUGCCUCCAAGUACGAGGAGGUCCUCUCUCCUCACGUCCAGAACUUCCGACACGUUGCAGAUGAUGGCUUCACGGAGGAGGAGAUCUUGAGUGCCGAACGAUUCGUGCUUGCUGCUCUCAACUACGAUCUGAGCUACCCCAACCCAAUGAACUUCCUCCGUAGGAUAUCCAAGGCCGAUAACUACGACAUCCAGACGCGUACUCUUGGCAAAUACCUUUUGGAGAUCGGCUGCCUUGAUCACCGUUUCCUUGCACACCCCCCUAGCGAGGUUGCUGCUGCUGCCAUGUACUUGGCCCGAUUGGUACUUGAACGCGGUGAAUGGGAUUCCACUCUUGUACAUUACUCCGGCUACACGGAGGAGGAGAUCCAGCCAGUCCUCUCUCUCAUGAUCGACUACCUCGCAAGCCCCGUUGUUCACGAGGCAUUCUUCAAGAAAUAUGCAAGCAAGAAGUUUUUGAAGGCAUCUAUCGUUCUCCGUCGCUGGGCCAAAGAAUACGUUAGCAAUUUUGGUAACGAUCUCAAGGAAGAGUCCAGCAUUAGGAAAUGAUCUAACGCUAAA